AUGGCCUGCAUCACGUCUUCACCAUCAUGGCCGAACCCUACAUGCAAAAGGAAGCUUCUUGGAGAGCCCCGUAGGCACCAACACCACAGACCCCGAGAGAUAAUGUCCGACGAGGAGUCGGAUCCCGAUUACAUCCCUAGGAGGAACCCACCUCGUAGAGCUAGACCCGAACGAUGGGCCAACCAAGUAGAGGAUGAUAACUAUAGACCAAACCGGGGACAAGGGGGAGACCUUAAGCUUAAACCACCAUUGUUCGUAGGUCGUAUAGAUCCGGAAGCGUAUCUCGAUUGGGAGCGUCGCAUGGAUAACAUAUUCGAGUGUUAUUCGUAUUCGGACCGUAAGCAAGUCCAAUACGCGGCAGCUCAAUUAGCUGAAAGCGCCUUAGCUUGGUGGGACCGGGAAUUGACUGAACGACGCCGCGCUCAAAUAGAGCCAGUCGGCACAUGGCGCGAAAUGAAAGCGUUAAUGCGGAAACGCUAUAUCCCACCUCACUUCCAUCGCGAACUCCAGCGAAAAUAUCGAAGGAUUUCACAAGGUGCUAGGACCGUAGAAGAAUAUUUCGAGGAAUUUGAGCACCUUAGGAGUAGAUUAGUGAUGGACGAAGAUGAGGAAACCGUGAUGGCACAGUUCCUUGAUGGCCUCAACGAGCGUAUUGCUCGAAAGGUCGAGCGCCACCCAUACCAAAACCUCCACGAGCUCUUACACUUAGCCGUGCAGAUCGAAAAACAAAACCAACGUAAGCAAGCCCGGCUAAGUAAGCCCAAACCCUCGCCUAGCAACCCCAUUACCCUCCCUAGGACUACCUCCACGCCCCGAAAGGAAACGACCGAAGGUCGUAACUUUCCGAGUUACAAGGAAAAGGGGAAAGCCCCAGAAACCUCGCAAUCCCGAACCCAAACUGACUCCACACGCGAUCUACGAUCACGGGAGAUCAUAUGCUACAAAUGUCGGGGAAGGGGACAUAUGGCUCAUGACUGUCCAAAUGCUAGGGUAAUGAUUAUUACGGACAGCGGAGAAUACGAGUCAUUAGACGAGGAGGAGGCGGGCGAUCUUGAGGAAGAGAUCGCUUAUCCGGAUAGCGGUGAAUUACUAGUCACUCGACGAGUACUUAGUACGCUAGUAACUCCGGAAGAGACCGCCCAACGGGAGACGAUCUUCCACACCCGUUGCACGGUAAACGGGAAGGUAUGUGGAAUGAUUAUCGAUAGCGGGUCAUGCACCAACGUGGCCAGCGCCUAUAUGGUGAAAAAGCUGGAUCUAUCCACAGAAAAACACCCGCACCCUUACAAGCUGCAGUGGCUUAAUAACAGCGGAGAACUCAAAGUGACUGAAAGGGUCAAAAUCCCGUUCAGUAUAGAAAAGUAUCGCGACGAGGUCCUUUGCGACGUCGUUCCUAUGCAAGCCGUACGAAUGAGAGAAGGCGAUGAAUGGAAAACCGCCUUCAAAACGAAGCAAGGCCUCUACGAGUGGCUCGUGAUGCCCUUCGGGCUUACGAAUGCCCCAAGUACGUUCAUGCGACUCAUGAACCAUGUACUAAGAGCCUUCAUUGGGAAGUUUGUAGUGGUCUACUUCGACGACAUUCUUAUCUAUAGUCGAAGCGAAUACGACCAUCUCUCGCACCUGGAGCAAGUAAUGACCACUCUUCGACAAGAAGGCCUAUAUGCCAACCUUAAGAAAUGCUCGUUCUGCACAAACGAGUUAGUAUUUCUAGGCUUUGUGGUCAGCUCUCAAGGGCUGCGAGUUGACGGCGAAAAGAUCAAAGCCAUACAGGAGUGGCCGACACCGUCUACUAUCGGACAUGUGCGGAGUUUUCUUGGUCUAGCUAGUUUUUACCGUCGAUUCGUCCGAGAGUUUAGCAGCAUCGCUGCUCCCCUCACCGCGAUCACAAAGAAAGACGUGGUCUUCAAAUGGGGCGAGACUCAAGAGCGUGCCUUUUCCGCUCUAAAGGACAGUCUCACUACCGCGCCGGUUUUAGUCCUCCCAAACUUUGACAAAACCUUUGAGGUCGAGUGCGAUGCCUCCGGGAUUGGCAUUGGAGCCGUCCUAAUGCAGGAGAAGAGGCCCGUGGCCUAUUUUAGCGAGAAACUCAGCGGAGCUACGCUAAACUAUCCGACUUACGACAAGGAGCUCUAUGCUCUUGUACGUGCACUUGAGACGUGGCAGCAUUAUUUGCUCGCCAAAGACUUAUCGGCUGGCUUGAAGUCAUCUUUGAGCCCCAUAGCUUUCGACCAUGAUGGAGGAGACGUUCCGGGUUAA